CAUUCAAAAGCUUCCAAGCUGAAUGCAAGGCACUGAAAAGAGUGAGGCACCGAUGUCUUGUAAAGAUCAUCACAUGUUGUUCAAGCAUCAACCACCAAGGUCAAGACUUCAGAGCACUAGUCUUCGAGUUCAUGCCUAAUGGCAGCUUAGAUAGCUGGAUCCACACAAAAAGAGCACUCAGCUUGUCACAGAGGUUAGAUAUCGCUGUAGACAUUGUGGAUGCUUUAGAUUAUCUCCACAAUGGUUGUCAACCACCAGUUAUCCAUUGCGAUAUCAAGCCAAGCAACAUUCUUCUCAAUCAGGAUAUGAGGGCUCGUGUUGGGGAUUUUGGCAUUGCUAGAGUUCUAGAUGAAGUAAUAAGCAAACAUCCUGUCAAUUCCAACAGCUCCAUAGGAAUAAGAGGCUCCAUCGGAUAUGUCGCCCCAGAAUAUGGAGAAGGUCUUCCGGUAUUACCUUAUGGUGAUGUGUACAGUCUCGGCAUCACUUUGCUAGAGUUGUUUACAGGAAAAAGCCCAACAGAUGAUAUGUUCAGAGAUGGGUUAAACCUGCAUUAUUUCACCGAGGCAGCUCUUCCUGACAAGGUUAUGGAGAUAGCAGAUUCCAACAUCUGGCUGCAUGAUGGAGCAAAUAAAAGCAAUGAUACAAGACAUAUAACAAGAAUCAAGGAAUGCUUGUCUGCCGUCAUCCAGCUUGGUGUCCUAUGCUCAAAGCAAUUGCCCAUAGAGCGGCUAUCAGUUAGCGAUGCUGCUGCAGAGAUGCAUGCUAUCAGAGAUAAUGUACAUUAGUACUAAAUAAUGAAGUGAU